AUGGAAGAAAAGAACGUUCAGCAGCUCUCACCUGCCCCACCUUCACCUGUGAGCACGGAGGACCCGUGUCAGGCCCGGGUAAAGUAUUGCAAUAUGGUUGAAGAAAUCCAGCUCCACUUCGCAGGCUGCAGUUCCAUAUAUCAUUUAUCUGGAUCUUCAGGAAGUGUUUCCAGUCUAAAUUAUCCAUCAAACUAUGAGAACAGUAAAUCGUGUGCAUGGGAGAUCACAGUUCCUGAAGAUAAAGUUAUCCAUUUCUGGUUUGAGGAGUUCCAUGUGGAAGCCAGUACAUUAUGUAGUGAAGAUCGUGUCACUAUUGAAGAUAAUAUUGGGGUCUUGGGUACUUUCUGUGGACACACAGUUCCUAAGCCACUGGUUUCAGGCGGGAAUAGAAUUUUCCUGACAUUUACCACUAAUAGUGAAACCAACAACAAAGGAUUUCAUGCCAAAUAUGAAGCUGUAGAUCCCCAAAAAAUAGCGGAUAUUAUGGGAGGUGGAGGAUAUUUAGAAGGCAACACAGGAGAGUUUCAGUCCCCAAGCACGUAUAACAGCAAGAAUCAUGACAUGUACCAGUGGAAAAUCUCAGUUGAUGCUGGCUACAGAGUAAAACUGUCCUUUAUAAGAUUUGACUUAGAAGUUCCAGGACCAGCUGGUUGUAAUGAAGUGGUUGAAAUUUACGAUGGUGAUGGAAAAGGAUCUCAGAAACUGGGGCAGUUUUGUGGAAAAGAAAUUCCAGAUCCUGUUGUUGCUACAUCAAACUCAGUGUUAGUCCGUUUCAAAGCAAAUCAGCAGGGCGUACGAGGAUCAUUCCAUGCUAAAUACGUUGUAUUUGAUGGUGUUAUUCCAACGGAGAGCCCUUCUUACAUUGAUUCUGGUUGUGGAAGUAAUGCUCUACAGAAUGGUCGCAAGGGUUUUAUUCACUCCAUGAAUUACCCUGACACCUAUCCAGUUGAUCUCCACUGCAGCUGGAAUAUCUCUGUUACUCCAGGGUGGCUUAUUAAACUAACAUUCAUCGAUCUUGCUAUGGAUGGGGAAAUAGGACAAUGUACUGGAGACAAGCUGGAAAUAUCUGACAUCUUUGAUAUGAUAGGAAGUUACUGCGGCUUUUUCAAGCCUCCAGUGAUCAUCAGCUCUAGCAACAAGCUUUUCCUGAAAUUCUCAACAGACAAAUUAAAAACCGAUAAAGGUUUUGAGGUAAAAUGGGAAGAGGUCCAUCCUGAUGAUAUAGAAGAAAUCCAGUCAUGUGGUGGUGGAUCUACUGAGGAGAGUGGAGUGAUUAAAUCCCCAAACUGGCCAAAUAAUUAUGCACCUAACAGACUGUGUGUGUGGCAUAUUCAAGUGCCUGAAGGGAAGAACAUUGUCGUAAAUUUCACUCAUUUUGACUUGGAAGAUACAGACCUUAUAAGUAAACUGUGUUAUGAUUAUGUGGCAGCAUAUGAGGAAAGCUCUGGACAAGCCAUUAAAUAUGGUCCAUUUUGUGGAACUAUAAUGCCAGCCAGAAUCACUAGUCAGAGUAAUACUCUCACAAUCCGGUUCUACAGCGACAUUUUCACAGAGUCAAGAGGUUUUAGAGCCUACUGGACCACUAAUCCCUUACAAACACCUCCAACAGAAGCACCUCCAGCCCCCAAUCCAUGGGACAGUAUACAAAUAGAAUGGCCAAAUAAGUGCGGACAGCCUACAUUUCCUCCCCAAAUUAAUUCUAGAAUUGUCAAUGGAGAACCCGCUGUACCUCACACCUGGCCUUGGCAAGUGUCCAUGCAGGUGUGGCCAAGUUCUCGCAAUGAAACCAUUUUCCUUCAUACCUGUGGAGGCACUCUUAUUCACAAGCAAUGGGUCUUGACUGCAGCUCACUGCUUCAUUAAUUAUGCAGAUGAAUUGCAUCGCUGGCAAAUGUGUGUCGGGAAACACAACUUAACGCUGGUUGAACCCACAGAAAAAUGCUUUAAAAUUCUUGGUAUCUACCGUCAUGAAGGGUUUGUCUACCCAGAAAUACCAGCCUUAGAGUUUGACAUUGCUUUGGUAAAGCUUGACGGAGAAGUGGUAGCCAAUGACUACAUUGAUUUUGCUUGUCUGCCACCGUACAAUCAGGUCCUGAAUGCAACUUAUCGCUGUCAUGCAACUGGAUGGGGUGAUGAGACAGGAAAUUCACUGGCACCGAAGGCUGCUGAAGGAUUAAAUCAAGUGGCACUACCUGUAAUUGCAUAUGAAGUCUGUAAAACACCCCAAUAUUGGUGGUUCCAAAUAAAGGACUCAAUGAUCUGCGCUGGCUAUGUUCUUCCAGAUGAGUUAAAGUCUGUAUGUCAGGGAGAUUCAGGAGGACCACUGGUUUGCCCCUCUAGCAAUCAUAGCUCAGUCUGGGAAGUUCAUGGAAUCACCAGUUUUGGACCCAUUGGCUGUAUUAUGGAUAAAAAACCAAGUGUCUUCACUCGUGCAUCUGCUCAUCUUGACUGGAUAGAUACAAUCCUCAAAAAGGAUAUAUACGAUACUUACUCAUCUGGCUGUGGCAGUGCCAAGUACCUCAGUGACAGAAAUGGGCACUUCACGUCUAUACGAUAUCCGGCCCCAUACAGCAAUGGUGCCGCCUGUAUUUGGAAUAUUGUUGCCCCCGCUGAUAAAGUCAUUCAUUUGAUGUUUACGGACUUUGUGCUUGAGGAAAGUAAUGCCUGCAACAAUGACAGGCUUGUGAUAUCAGAUGAACUUGGCAGUGUUGGUACCCACUGUGGAAACUUUUUACCAGCUGAUCUAGUUAGUUUUAGCAACCAGCUAUCGGUGCAAUUCAUCUCCAACAGCAGGUUGGUGGAUGUCGGAUUUUAUGCAGCCUGGGAAUUUGUGGAUCCAGCUUUAAUACCAAGCAUUGCAACCUGCGGAGGUCAUUUCAAUACUGACAAAGGAGAGUUUAUGUCACCCAACUGGCCAAAUUCCACUUAUCCAAGCAGUAAAGCGUGCAUCUGGAAAAUAACAGUUCAACCCAGCAAUAAUAUCCACAUUGUCUUUACGAACUUUAGCCUACAGCUUGCAAACUUCACAGGAGGUUGUCAGGAUUUUGUGGAGGUUUUUGAUGGAGACAAAUCUGGGGCAAAAAGACUGGGUCACUUCUGUGGAACGACAUUGCCACCGACCCUAAAUACAACUGGGAAUACUGCCGUUAUUAAAUUUGUCAGCAACAAUGCGCAGAAUGCCAGAGGCUUCUAUGGAUACUGGACGACUAAUCUAACGGACAUUCCAAAUGCUCCACUGACACAUCCCAAACCAUGGGAUAAUGUGAUCAUAGGAGUCAAGUGGAUGGUCUUACUAAGUGAUUGA